GUGGGCCUUGGGCUCUGGUGGGGUCUGGUGAAAUGAAGGUGCCUGCCUGUGGGGCGUGGGCUCUGGUGGGGUCUGGUGAAAUGAAGGUGCCUGCCUGUGGGGCGUGGGCUCUGGGGAAAUGAAGGUGCCUGCCUGUGGGGUGUGGGCUCUGGUGGGGUUUGGUGAAAUGAAGGUGCCUGCCUGUGGGCUCUGCUCUGCUGCCUCUUGAGUGUCGAGGCCAAGUGGGAACCCUGAGUCCAAUGGUCCAGAGAGGCUGGUCUGCUGCAGUACUGAUCUGGGCAAGCAGAGAGUGCAAGCCUUGUUUCUAAUGAGAAGUCUUGGAUGUUCAAAUAUGGUCUCCUCUUGUCCUCUCUGGUGGCAGUGUCCACCAGAGAUAAAAACAAAAAACAAAAAAAAAAACCACCUUCUCUUCACAGCCCCUUACUUCUUGUUACAAGAAUGCUUUUUAAAAGCAUGAUGUGAAUACUCAAAACUUGUCAGUCACCCAGAAAAUACAAAUCUCAGUGUGUCCAUGGUUGUUCUGAAUAGAGCAGGUUCCAUGGGUCUUGCAUGGCCCUCUGCAAUUUGCACAUAGUCACCCCAGAGGGCUGACACAGUGUCCUUGGUGCAGAGAGUAGCAUUAUUUCAUGGUCAGAUUCAUAGACAGGGAUACCAGUAGGUUCCGGAGAGAUGACUCAGCACUUAAGAGCAGUGGUGGCUGGGUUUGGUGCACAGGGCUCACAUGCUGGUUCCCAUGGCUGAACUGAACGUGCUGUGUAGACCAGGUUGCUUCAGGUCACUGAUAGCUUCCUACCUCUCUCCUAAGUACUAGUAUUAAAGCAUACACUACCAGAUCUGGCCCAAUAAAUCAGUCUUUUAAAAAAAAAAUACCCCACCUACUACAUACACGUCACUGAUAGCACCAAAAGACUCAUCUGAGACACCCACACCCUGCCUUAGCACUAUUGACCCUCUAUCAAUCGUUUCUGUGAGUUCUCAAAUUUCCCAGAGCUGAGGGUACAGUGGUUAGAGCACUCACCUGGUGUUCAUGAAGCCUCGGGUUAGAGAAUAUGAAUGAGUUUCUCGACCCAUCCAUGAGGUAGCUGCAAUAUUUCUAGUGUGUAGACAAUUGAGGCCUAGCAAGGUUGGACAAGGGUGGCAGGAGGCCAGGCCUCGCUAGUCUCAUUCUUGGUGAGCUCUCGGCCUGCUCCGAAGGCCUCACACCUGUCACUCUAACAACAGUGACGUUCGGCCUCCCCUUUCUGCCUAGGAAUUCUUUCACUGACCCUGUCUGUCACCUUUCUGUUGCUAUAGCAACAGUUAGACAAACAUUCUUUUCAGUUGCAGUGAAGGGUCUCUGCCCCUUUCCUGGAAGGCAGCUCCUCCACAGGAGGUGGAGGAGGGAUGUGUCCUGUGUCCUGAGCAGGACGCACUGAGCACACCAUGAUGGCAGAGGGUGGCGGGAACCUGCCUUUCUCCCCAGGAAGGCUCCUGUCCUUAGCACUUAGAGGGGCACGGUCUUGAAAUUACCUGACGAAGAACGGGACCGUGGAGUCAGUGGAGGCCGACGGCUUGACACUCGAUGAUGUCUCGGACGAGGACAUCGACGUGGAGAAUGUGGAGGUGGACGACUACUUCUUCCUUCAGCCCCUGCCCACCAAACGGCGGCGGGCCCUGCUCAGGGCUUCCGGGGUCCACCGGAUUGACGCCGAAGAGAAGCAAGAACUCAGAGCCAUCCGCCUGUCUCGGGAAGAGUGUGGUUGUGACUGUCGGCUGUACUGUGACCCAGAGGCAUGCGCCUGUAGCCAGGCUGGGAUUAAAUGCCAGGUGGAUCGAAUGUCUUUUCCGUGUGGCUGCUCCAGGGAUGGCUGUGGAAACAUGGCUGGGCGAAUUGAGUUUAACCCGAUCCGAGUGCGGACUCACUACCUCCACACCAUCAUGAAGCUGGAGCUGGAGAGCAAGCGGCAGGUGAGUCGCCCAGCAGCAGAGGAGGAGCCCCUGCCGGGAGCGCAGAGCUCGCAGACACAGGACUUCCAGGAGUUCAUCGCCGAGAACGAGACUGCAGUGAUGCAUCUGCAGAGUGCAGAGGAGCUGGAGCGGCUCAAGGCCGAGGAGGACUCGAGUGGCUCUAGCGCUAGCCUGGACUCCAGCAUGGAGAGCCUGGGCGUGUGCAUCCUGGAGGAACCCCUGGCUGUUCCCCAAGAGCUGUGCCCAGGCCUCGCGGCCCCCAUUCUCAUCCAGGCUCAGCUGCCCCCAGGUUCCUCCGUCCUGUGUUUUACUGAGAACUCAGAACACCCAGCUGCCUCCCCGAUGAGCAGCCCGUCUUACUUGAACAGUGGACCUCUGGUGUACUACCAGGUAGAGCAGAGGCCAGUGGUGGGAGUGAAAGCAGAGUCCGGGUCAGAGGAAGGCCCAGCCUCCUUCCCCAAAGAGAAAGAUCUGAGUGUUUUCUCGCUCCCUGUUACCUCACUGGUGGCUUGCGGCCCUUCAGCCUCAGCUGCUCUCUGUAAGCCAGAGGUGGGGAAAACAUCCAGCCUCAACAAACUCCUGCCCGAGGACUGCGGCCUUAAGGAGCCUGAGAGCGAGGACUUGCACCCCUCUUGGUCUCCCUCAAGCCUACCCUUCCGAACGGACAAUGAAGAAGGCUGCGGAGUGCAGAACUCCCAGCAGAGUGAGGACCGGACCUCUGAAGACUCAGCCCUAGAACUCCCUCUGGCAGUGUGACCUGAGAUACAUGUCCAUUCUCUAUUUAUUAUCUAACACCAUUUCAAAACAAGACUGCUGCUCCCAGGUUAUUUUGUUGGAAGUCUUAGGAAAAUGGGUAGGAAAGGAUUGUUAGUCCAUGUGUUUCUGAGAGAGCGUUCCCAGGAGACCAGCCCCAGCUGCAGUGUCCCGUACCGAGCUCUCUGGGCCGCCAGAACAAAGAUGUCGAUCACAGAGUGAGCUGGGCAGCUCAAGCAGCUCUUUAUGCCUAGUGCCAGAACCAAGGAUGCGAGCAGCUCCCUGCACCACAUGCUGGCUCCUCAAACACCCUGUCUUCUUGUAGCAGCCACUUUAGUGGAAAGGCCACUCAGCUGAGUCUAGAACGGAGAGGAGGCCCCAGAAGAGUGCUUCGAUACAAAACUCCCAGGAGCUUUAAACGUUUAUUCUGCCCCAACCCCUUGGUGUUUCCUGACCUGAUCUGCAAACUGGGGAUCCCUGGUCUGUACCUGAAUUCUUUCUUUCAUAUGUGCUUCGGCACGAGAGUGAAACAUCUGUCUUGGAAGGUGAAAUGCAGGCUGGGUAGGGAUGUGACUUGCACAUGGGGCAGGGUCCAGUAUGGAACAGUCUGGAAGAUGGUUUUGUCAAGCUUGCUCUCUCACCUAGUGCAACACACACACACAUCCACUCUCUCCUUUUGGUGGGGGGUCUUGGCUCUGAAUGGAAUGUGCACUGCAGUACAGGUCAUCGAGACAUAGGACUCUUCCCUCUGUAACUGCCCUCACGGCCAUUCUUGGUUGUGUGGGGUUAGAAAGUUCUUUGGAGUUUACAGUUCAAUCCCAAGAGUGGCACGUGUGUUUUGGAGCCUUCCAUCUUGGAGAUUCAUGAAAACUGGAAGUCAGACUGCUUCUUAGUUAUGACAUAGGAGUCCCACAUUCCAGAGGAUUCCGGAUCACAUUAUAAUAAUGACGUGGAUGCCUGGGACUCAGACUCAACACUUACCUCAGCAGAAGAGCUGCUCCUCUCGUGAGCUCGGGCAGUUCCGAGGUCCCCAUUUAGCACGGGCUUCUUGAUUGGCAGUGCUACCUCUGCCUCCUGGUUAAAUGGCGGCAGUAGGAGCAAAACGCUUUUCUCUUAUCAUUCUUUACCAAGCAUCAAAACCACAAACUUGUUUUCUUUUCUUUUCUUUUCUUUUCUUUUCUUUUCUUUUCUUUUCUUUUCUUUUUUCUUUUUUUUUUUUUAGGCAGUGUGUUGCUAAACAGCCCUGGCUGGCCUGGGACUUGCUAUGUAGACCAGGCUGGCCUCCAACCUAGUCAUGCAUCCUGAGUGUUGUGACUGCAGGUGUACAUCUCUUCACUUGGCUUUAUCUAUUUAUUUAUUUUUGGUGAGAUAAUAAGGCCCUGGUGUCAUAAACAAUCAAUGUAUGUGGCAGCAGAAACAUCUGAAAAAAUCCCUGAAUCCUAAGCCCGGAGGACCUUGUAUUUAACUGGAUGCUGGUGUUCUGCCCAUUCUGCCACUGUCUCUUCUUGGGUUUCAUUGGCUUUUGUUUUUGUUUUUGUUUUUUUGGCUGCACUUCUUAAGUGAGUGCAUAGGCUCUCUCUCCAGUCUCACUAGAGUUAUCUGAGAAGGUCAAGGUGUUCUCAACCCUGGCUAGACCUCUCAGACUCAAGCUUAGCUGAGAUGAUGUUGAUGCAAAGAAGAAUCUUUUUGAAAGUUUGUUGGGACAGGAGGGGACUCGGCCCCCUACCUCCUUAAGACUCCAACUUUCUUAGCCCUUAGAUUUGGAUUUUCAUUAAGAAACGUAAAGACUAGCCAACCCCAAGAUAUUUCUAUAUAACUAAUUUCUUAUUCUAAAUGCAUUUCAUUAAUUCCAUGUCGAUUCAAACUGACCCCAACUUCUGAGUGCUAAACUUAGCGUUGACAAUGUCAAGCAAAGAACCUCUUCUACAACUCAGUCCAUCUCAGUUCUGGUGCUACCUGAGUCGGACACGAUGUAUGGUUCCUGGUUGCCGGGACGGCUGGGCCUGUGUCACAGAUGCAGAGCCAGUCCCUCAGUCUAGGCCUAGAACUGUGGUGCACUGCUGCAGCUCUUGGACACCGUCUCCUCGGAUUCUGCACACAGGUUGGACUCUCAAUGUGAACCCAAAGCUUGUCUGGCUCUCUGAAAACAACUUUUGCUCUUUAGGUUCUUUACAUUGUAAUAAUGCUGUAUUUAAACAGAAUAUUUAAAUGUAAUAUUAAAGAAAUAUUGAAGAGAA